AUGGGAGUCAUCAAAAUGCUAAGCCUAUUAUGCCUGCUACUGCUCAUGCCACUUCUUUUAGUUCCUUGUAAGAGCUUGGAAGCCAAGACUUGCGUUGUACAUAGCAGGACCUAUGAGACUAUAUCAUGCAAGGUGGAUCCAUGUGUUGAGGCCUGCCACAAGGAGGGAUUUACUUAUGGGUUCUGCUCCCCCUACCCCCUUAUAAUAGUUUGUUUCUGCGUAAAAAACUGUUGA